GCUGAGCAUCGCCGAGUACGUUAACCUGUCUAUGAGCUCAGUGCGCAGAUGGAGUCGGAUGUGCCGCAACCUGGGCGGAGGCCUGGGCGAGGUCGCCCUGGUGCCCAUGAGGCUCUGCCCCAAGAAGAAGGGCGACAUUCGGUGGAUCUUCGUUCGGCCAGACCGAAGCUUGGGCCCCGUCGAUCUCAAGGAUCGCUCUCGGAUCACCGUCAAGCGCCAGCCGAAUGCCACCUGCGCCCACUUCCCCGCCCUGUCCGCCGACGAGAAGACGGCGGUGAUCGAGGCGGGCACCGAGAAGCAGUUAAGUAUGGAGUUUGGCACCGCACGCUGGCGCUCAUGGUGUUCGUUGCUUGGGUGGGCUCGCAGUGCUGCGGUCGCCAUGUGGGCGACGUCAUCGUGGGGCGCUACCGGGGGCCUCAUCCUCUUCGCAUGGAGGGCGGCGCUGUACUUCCUUGCUUGUGGCUGGGCCAAGUGGGCGGUGGAGAAACUAGACGACGCGCGUGCAUUCCUGAUGGAGCUGGGCGACUUCAGGGCCUACCUCUACGACCUGUGGCAGGGCGGUCGGCUGGAGCUGCCGAUGUUGCUUCUCUCCUUCAUGAUGGCCUUCGCUCCCGUGCUCUGGAGCUGGUGCUGCCGUCGUGGAUUGCCCAGGCUCGGCGGCGCCAGCCCCCCAGGGAGCGACGUGGACAGCGAUGGGAGGGUUGGGCGUUCAGUUCACGAGUCGGACUCGGAGGCAGAGGGAAGCAAGGAAGUCUCGGAGAUGAGGAAGAUGAUGCAGGACUUGAUGGAGGAGAUGCACCGGGAUCGGCGAGACCGUGGCCGUGCAGGGGCGGAGGCCGAGGGGAGCUCAGCUCGGGGCGGGGGAGACGGCCCUCGCCGCUCAGAUGGGUCAUCCGCGUGGAGCCCAGGGUCGAGCGCGGGCAGCUGGGAGCGCAUUCCAUCGCCUGCCGACGUGGGCAUGCACGUCGACCGCAUGAUGGAUCGCCUGACCCAGUUCGAAAAGACCAUCCAGGCGGACCGUGCGACAGGAGCUCGCCGCGCGGUCGCGGGCCAGACGUCGACGGCAGCUGCGGCGGGAUCGACGGCGGCCCCGGCCAUCAACCUGGGCGAGGUCUCGGUGGAGGAGGUCGGGGUGAACCUCGGGCCGCUGCGCGAGUCUGUGCAGGGUCCAAGGGUUCGCCUGAUGGAGAACUUGGCGACGCUGAAGUCGGCCCCGACGUUCGAGUUGCCACUGGGGCUGACGGCCCGCGUCGCCCCCGACCUCUUAGUCCAGACCUUCGGCAAGUAUGGCAGCAUGGGCAAGUUCGCGACGGACUGGGUCAAGCAGAAGGGGCUCUACAAGAACCGCAUCGGCCACGAUAUGCUCUUGCACUGCAUGACCUUGGAUCGCAUGCUGGAGGCCUUUCCCGACUUCAUCGCGGCGGCUGGCUGCGAAAUCCUGCGUUCGAGGGUCUACGCGCUGAAGCGGGCGUUCAGGGGCGCGCGCGCGCUGUCCGACUGGAAGCAGCCCCGCGGCACAUGGGCCAUCAAAUGGAAGUCGAAGCAGAAGGCGCUGUUCCAGAAGUGCCUGCACAAGGCGGGCUCCGAGGGCGCCGAGGAGGGGGGGGACUGA